AUGUUUCCUCUUGGAACGCGGGCACCAGUGGCGGGUGUAACGUCCACAAAGGCACGAUUCUCCUCCUCCUCAACACUUCUUACCCCUCGUCACCCAUCAUCACCCACGACCACGCGCCGCGUGGGCCGCGACCUGGAGCCAUACACAACAGCAGCACCACCACCGGCACAUGGCGACGAGAAGAUGAGGGAGAGGUUGAUGCGCAGCGCUUGA